AUGCCUGGAGCCAGUGGCGUCAACGUGGAGGGCUCUUGUGAGGCCCUGCGUCGAACCCUGGUGUCACAGAACGGUCUGCAGAGAGAGACGGCCGACAUCUCCCAGUCUGUCCUCUACACCUCUCUGAUGGGCCUGCUUCUGGUCACUGACAACGAGAAAGAGCAGCUCACCUUAGGAAGUGGAAGGGUUGGCCUCAGAAACAUAGGAAACACAUGUUUCCUGAAUGCAGUAGCCCAGUGUUUGUCUCACACACGUGGCCUGCGGGACUACUGCCUCCUCAAGUCCUACAGGGAUGAGAAGUUCUCCAGAGAGGAGGCUAAGCUCAUGGAAGCUUUUUCUCAGGUGCUGUCAGGCCUUUGGGAUAUAAAUGAAGAACAGACAGUUGUAAAUCCACGACAGUUUUACAAUAUUUUCAAGGGUGCGGUGCCCUACUUCAGUGGUUACAGUCAACAGGACGCACAGGAGUUCCUCAGGUUCCUAUUGGACAAGCUGCACACAGAAAUCAACCGCAGACCCUACGUUCGACGAUCAGGAAAGGAACCCGAACAAAAAUUUGCCAGAUUUAGGAUAUCAGAAGAGGCGGCGGCCAUGUGGAAGAAGCACUUGGAGAUAGAUGACAGCAGAAUAGUAGACCUGUUCGCAGGCCAGCUGCGGAGCUCGCUGCAUUGCUCAGUGUGCUCCCACUACUCCAACACAUUUGAUGUGUUCUGUGAUCUGUCACUGCCCAUCCCCAAGAGGAGCUCUGCUGGGGAGGUCACGCUGAGGGAGUGCCUGGACCUCUUCUCUCAAGAGGAGAAACUGGACAAGGAGAAUUCACCAAUGUGUGAGAGGUGUAACAGGCAUACAGAGUGCACCAAACGGCUGUCCAUCCAAAGGUUUCCCCAGGUUAUUGUGAUCCAUCUGAAUCGUUUUACGAUGUCACGGUGGUCCAUCAGUAAAAGCACAGUGUUUGUGUCGUUCCCUCUCACUAACCUGGACCUUGGACCCUACGGACCCGUGGACUGUG